UCGGAGGAGGAAUCCUGGGCGGCCAGGUUAUAAGGAGAGCGCAUCCUGCCAUCCUCUUUUUAUUGAAUCUUACGCAUUUUGAUUCAAGUCGAAAUGGCAGAAAGCACAUCCAGCACGUCUGCCACGCCCGAGUCUGAAAAGACAACUCAGCCAGCGCCUCAAGCGCCGCUGGACACCAUUCCUGCUUGGAAAUGGAAGGGCAGCCUUCUCGUCUUUGUCCUGACGACCCUUAUCAAUGGGUACGAUGUCAGUAACGUCGCCAACAUCCAGUCCCGUAUCUAUGAGGCCUUCGGGAACAUUAAACUGCUCCCCUGGAUCGGUCUGUCCUAUAGUCUCGCCAGCUUCGCUGUCCUCGGUCUGUCGCGAAAAAUCCUAUACUGCUUCAACAUGCGCUGGGUAUACAUUGUCAACGUCGCCAUCUUCAUGGCCGGGGCCGCGGUGGCCGGAGCAGCACAAAACAUCUCGGCAGUCAUUGUCGGCCGCAUCAUAAUGGGCGUAGCCGGCGCCAUCGUCUACCAGUCAAACCUGACCUUUGUCGCCGUUUUUGCUCCCCCGGCUGACAGCUCCCGUCUGUUUGGCCUUCUGAGCGCCGUCUGGGCUGUCGGCCUCGUUAUUGGAGGCCCCAUCGGCUCAGCCCUCGCUGCCAACGACCACACUAUCAGGCGCUGGGCCUUUUACAUGAACCUCCCCUUUGUGGGCCUUGCCCUUGCCAUAGCUCUCCUCUGCAUCCCGGACAAGUACCUAGGCCCGGAUAUUCCUGUCACGCAACGGUUGACGAAGAUCGAUCCUGUUGGGGUGACCCUCAACAUGGGCUCGCCUGUGCUCUUCGCCGUUGCCCUUGAGUUCUCCGGCUCUACAUGGUCGUGGGACUCUGGAUCUACAAUCGCUGUUUGGAUCAUCUUCGGUCUUGUUACAAUUGCCUGGGUCGUCCAGCAAUGCCUUUGCAUAUUAACCACUCCCACCGAGCGCUCCAUUCCCCUACACUUGAUCAAGCGCCUUGACCUACUUCCUCUUUGGGUUGCCUCUGGCUGCGCCGGCGCCUCUUAUGCGGUAACCCUCUACUACACACCAUUAUUCUUCUCCUUUGCCCGCGGCCACGGCGCCCUGCAACAAACCGUCCGCAUCCUCCCCUUUAUCCUGGUAUUUAUCGUAGUAGUCAUCCUCGUCGGCGGCUCACUACCCAUACUGGGUCGAUACAACAUCAUCUACUUCAUCGCAGGCGCUGCAACAAUCUCAGGCGCAGCGGCAAUGGCCGCAAACAUGUCCCCCACCGUCUCCGAGUCCCAGGUCAUGGGCCUCGAAGCCCUUAUCGGCAUUGGCCUCGGCUGCUCCUUCCAGCACGGUGUCGGGAUAUCAAAUGUCAUGAACAAAAUCCCGCAGGACCGCGUUGACAGCGCCAUCUUGUUCAAUAUGGCGCAGAUGGGCGCGAUCGCAAUCGUCCUCUCCAUUGCGGGAUCAAUCUUCCAGAACGUCGGGUACUCGCUUUUGUCUGAUGCUUUGGGCGGACGUGGGUACAGCGAGGAAGACAUCAGGCAGGCUCUCGCGGGUGUUUCAUCUGUUGUGUGGCAGUCGAGGGAUCGCGAUGUGCUGAAUAGUGGUGUUGAGGCUGUGUCCAAGGUUAUUGCUCGGGAGUUUUAUCUUGUUGUUGCUGGUGGUGCAAUCUGUCUGGUUUGUGCGCUUGCGAUGAAGAGGGAGAAGUUGGAUUAUGGGCGGGGCAAGAAGGAAAAGGAGGGAGAGAGUGCUUGAGGCAGACGUGGGCGGGAUGCGUAUACGGCCUUUAUAUCCGUUGCUUUUGGGCAUUUGCUGGUUUGGGUAGUUUUUGUAACGAUAGCGUAUACCACUUGGCUUAAUCCUUUCUACGAGCUCUCAGCGAUAGAC